UUCCGACCGGGAAAAAAAAAAAAAAAAAAAAAAAGACAACUGCCUCCGCGGCCACAGCGACCAACUCGCGACCCCUUCGUUAUUGGUGGUGUAUAAUCGACUGUUGCACGACUGAAAGUUACAACAAAUUUUCGAGACGAUAGCGAGGGACAUGGCUCACGGUGCUGAGGACUGCGCAUCUGUGUUGGAGCAGUUUGUUCACGAUGUGGCAAAUCUUCCAGCAGAGAUCAAUCACCUGAUGGAAGAGAUUCAGGCCAAGGAUAAAACCAUCCAGGACUGUCGCACAACCAUCAACUCCCGGGAUAGCAGUUUACAAAAGUUCAUCAAGCUUAACGGUAGCUUGGCGCCGAAUCCAAAAGAGGAACAAUACGGAAAGGCAAUUUUACAAAAUCUAGAUAAGAGUCAGCAACUGCAGGAUGAGAAGAUUCAACUGAGUGAUAAGGCCUGUGUUUUACUUGAUCGACAAAUCAAGAAGUUAGAUAUCAAAAUCCGCGAUUUGCAAAACGACGGUGUUCUUUCUAAUGACCCUCCUCUUCCCUCUCUAUUCAACAACAAAGACCAAUAUCGAGAUCCUCCGAAAAUAUUCUUUCCUGAUUCCGCCCCGUCCGAUUCCACAUCCUAUUCUCCUCUAAACCCUACAUCUGGAAAUGCAAAUCUUAUACUUGGAGCCACACAAAGACUCAAUCAGUCUAUCCCUCGCUCGGGAAGUGUAGCUGCUUUGGCUUCGCAGAGUGGCGCACGCAGCUCCGCCCCGGCAACUCCUGCCUCCGCCACUGCGCACUUCCAGCAGCGACAACGUGAAUCAUCAGCCGGUGCGGUUGAAAGCAAGCGUCGGCGUCUCAAUGCAUCCCUGGGGACUCUUCCAGCAGCAUCGUCAAAUCUCAGGCAGUCAUCAUUGGGCCCUGGCACACCCAAAGCCGGCACGCCAGGCUCCAGUCGCGCAGGCAGCGCUGGACCACGCACCGCGGCCAUAACCAAAAAGGCUAUUACUAAGAAGGUUGCACCUCACCAGCAGAUCAAGAAGAUCAAGGCAUCGGCAAGCAAUGGUAAAAUAUCUAAGCGAUCAUCCAGCUCAAGCGGUCGCAUCAAACUCGGCUCUAUGUCGAAAAAGUCCCCGUCAGCUGGUGGGGAUGAAGAUGAAGAUGAUUCCAUGCUCAGCAGUGCUGACAUGUCUGAUUCAGAAAAUGCAAGUGAACGGCGUGGAGAUGAUGACAUGGACGAUGAUGACGAGGAUGAAGGCAACGAAGAUACUAAAGUAUAUUGUACUUGUCGCAGCGUUAGCCAUGGGGACAUGGUUGCAUGCGACAACGAUAAUUGCCCCUAUGAAUGGUUUCAUUGGAAGUGUGUAGGCUUAACAAGAGAACCAGUGGGAACAUGGUAUUGCGAUGAAUGCCGGAGAACAUUGGGGAAGUAGUUAUCGAUAUAUUUACCGCUAUAGCAUAAUAGUUCAUUGUGCGCGAUCGUUGUUCUGUACAUAUACCCAAUUUGUUUUAAUCAAGCUUCUCGUUUUGGCCGGUUUGAAUACUACGGCAACUGACCUUAUACUGUCGUUUCUCUUAUAUAGCUUAGGUAGGCAACUGUGUACACUUUCCCGCUGCUAAUAUUAUUCCAUGUUGCAUCGAGCA